GACUCCUAAUGUCCGCAGGCGUAGCAAGAAUCAGGGUUCAGUAAGGGAAAAAUGGCGCACCAGUUUGAGGCAAAUACCGAGGGCGCAGUCCUCCAGGAAAGCCAAGAAAUUGAGCGGAAGGGCACAUCCACAACAAAAAAGUUCUGGCUUCGGCCCAGUGAAGACAUAGAACCAGAAGGAUUACUUCCAGAUCAUGACUUAAUGAAGCGCUUCCAAAUAGCGUUGAAGAAUCACCUCCAGCGACAAAAUGAACGCUUGUCGGAAGAAGUUUUAGAACUGGAUGGAGGCAUCAGGAAGAAAAACAAGGAGCAUAUAGACUUGGAAGAGACUCUCCGUACAAUGCAGCAGGAGGUAACAAAACAGAAGGAUCAGCUACUUAAUUAUCAUGAAUCACUAUCACAAACCAAAAAGAUGAGAGAUGACAUGGAACAAAAGGUGCAGAAUUCAAAAUCGCAUCAUUUAAUUGAUUCUGACAAGCUAAGAAAGCAACAGAAAAAAGAAGAAGAACUCAGUGCAGAUUUAAGAAAAAUUUUAUUGGUAAAGAAGCAGUUUGUUGACUGGGAAGCAGAGAUGGAGUCAGAACUUGCUGUUUCUCAGAGGAUAUCAGAAAAAAUGAAACUUGAUAAGAAACAGCUUGCAGAAGAGAAAAAGAAGCAGGAUCUGUUUCUGUUAAAGUUAACAAAUGAAGUUGCCAAUUUAGAAACACAGAUCACAACUCUAGAAGGGCAGUUGAAAGUGAAAGAAGAAGAACGCCUAAUCAUCAGUCAAACCCUGGCUGAUGCUAAUGUUGAUCUUGAAGCACUAAAUAAAGAGCAACAACGAUUACUGCAAGCAUGGAAUGGUGUGGUUAUUAGCAUGCAGCAAAGAGACAAAGCAUAUGCUGCUGUGAUGGAUGAGAAAAAAAAUCUUCAUGAGAAGUUUCUAACUCUGAAUCAAGAAAUUGAAAGCUAUAAAAAGUCAGCUAAUGAUGAGAUGCUGAAGAAUGAGAAACUCACAGGAAUGCUUCAGAAAUUACAGAUGGAUUUAGCAAAUGUAGAGAAGCAGAUCUCAGUGAACAAUGAUAAGAGGAUUCUUAUUGAGACACAAUUGUCAUCAAAUAUGGCAAUGCUUGAAGAAACAGAAAAAUCUCUUGAAACAGCUGUCAAUGAGGGAAAGAAGCACAGCAAUGAGAUAUCUGCCUUGCAUCGUGAACUUGAAAAAUUGUUAACAGAGAGAACUCAAUUAGAGGACAAAAUUUUAGAAGUAAUGCAAGAGCAAGUGACCCAGGACAAGUCAGCAAAGUAUUUGAAUGCAUCACUGCGGCAGCUGCAUGAAAAGACGAGGAGUCAGGAACUUGCUCUAAUGGAAACAGAAAAUCAACUGACACAAGCAGAACUGGAAGUAGAGCAGCAAAAUAGUGAACUUCUACAUGGUGUUCAGCUUCUUGAAGAGGCCAAUCAUGAGUUGCAACAAGAAGAGGAUGAGUGCCAGCAUGCAGCCAAUAGCCUCACACAGUUCAAAUCCAGUAUCAGCAAGCGACAGGCAACUGUUGAUCUUCUCAACAAGCAACUAGAGGAACUAGUUGCCAAGACUGGGGGUCAAGAGGUAACACCAUAUCAGUUAAAAAUGAUGUCACUUCAGACAGCUAUUGAUGAAACAGAACAGAAGUCUGAGCAUUUGCAGCAAGUGUGGAUAAGACAGCAGAACAGAGUUGUGAGUUUGUCAAAGAAAAGAAAUGAGCAGCAACAUCAGCUGAAUAUAUUACAGAAGCAGGUGUCAAUUUUAGAUCAGAAGAACAUGACUAUAGAAGAGGAAAUGGAUGAUUACAACAAAAAAGAAAGAGAUGUUUGUCAUUGUAUCAGAGACCUUCUAAAUAAGUUAGACAAGCUGAAUGAGAAAUUGUGCGAACAUAAAGAAUACAAAGAAGCUCUUGACAAGCACAAUAUUAUAACACAGACAGACUACCUCAACAGCCUCAAGGAUGCAGAAACAUACUCACUACAGCUGGAGGCAGAGAUUUCUGAUUUAGUGAAAGAAAAAGCAGGUCUUGCAGAAAUGUUGUUGGACAAUCAAAGAGAGAAUCUUGCAUGGGAGAAGAAGGUGCAGAUGGCCUUAGAGACAAAACACAACAUUCGAAUGGAGAAGGGAACAGAGGGGGAAAUUGGAGCAAUGAAGAAUGAGAUACACAGAAUGCAGGUACGGUACACACAGCUGUGUCAUGCUCAAGAGAAGCUUGUACAGGAUCUUGAACACUGUGUGACCCGAAGAGAAGCUAUAGUAAAUGGAGCAAUUGCAAAAGAGAAGAGAAGUACUAGGGCUAUACACAAUACAAAAGUCAGUUUUCAGAAGAAGCUGGAUGACUUGCGAAGUAAAAUAAAACAAAAGGAUUCAGAAACACGACAUGCUGAACGUACUGUCAUAGAAAGAAAGAAACGACAUGAGGAUGUUCUCCAAAGGCUGACAGAGAAGCAAGCACAAUUAAAGCAGUUGGAGGAGGUGACCCAGCAAAUUGACAAACAGCUGCAGGAUGGUCAACUACAAAAGCAUCAGAAUCUGGAAUUGUUGGUGCGACGGCAGAGGAAGGCCAAAAUGUUUGGUGAUGUCAAGGCUGGUAAACAUCGCCUACUAUAUCGCACAGAACAUGCUUUGGAUGCAGAGACACAAAGGCAAAAAUCUAUAAAUACAGAUCUCAUAUCUGUUGUUGAAUCACUGCUAUCAGACUUUCCUGCUCUUCAUUAUGAUCUCACCAAAGUACUUAAUACACUUAGGUUACAGUCCUAAAACUUGUGCUGCAAGAUCAAGCUUUGUGAACUUUUUUAUAGGAAAGGACAGCAUCACAUUACAUUAGGGUCAUUAACUGCUAGUGAUUAAAAAUAUUAGCAAAAAACUUUAUUUAGCUUUGCAAAAUAAUCAAAUGUUUUCAGUUCUAAAAGAUUCACACCAUAAUGAAUGCCCAACUUUGCUUCAGAUCUUCCACUUUACGACAAAAUACUUCCUCUUCCCUGAAACAGGCAAGUAAUGUAAGAGUAUUAACAAGGCUGCAUUAGUAUCAUAAUGUAUAAUAGAUAGAAAGUAGGAUUGUUUCAAGCUUUAUUGGGAUACACGAAUAAAUUCACAGUGAAUCACUUUAACAUCAUAUACAAAGGUCCCUUAAGACAUUAUAGAUUUUCUACUCACCAACACGAAGAAGUGUAAUGUUAUUAAGCAAUAUAUGAGUGCCCAAAGUUAAAACUUCACUUAAAUUUGUACAUCUUUGUUGAUUCACAUAGAAACCACCUGCUGAUAUAAUU